ACUGCCCUCUUGUAGCUCAUACGCAGUACUCUCCGUAACUUUCCUUCCACCCUGACCUAUAAGAGCACGCCGUGGAGUUAAUGAAGUAUUAUCAGUUGUAUUAGUCUUGAGAAGUACUUCUGUCAAAAUGACCAGCACAAAACCCACCGACGCCACCGCUUUCUUUGUCGAUUUCAUGAUGGGAGGUACCGCAGCUGCUAUAUCGAAGACUGCAGCCGCUCCCAUUGAACGCAUCAAACUCCUUAUACAGAAUCAGGGAGCUAUGAUUGCUUCUGGAAGGCUCGACCAUCCCUACAAGGGCAUCGCUGACUGCUUCAAGCGGACCGUCUCGGAAGAAGGGGCCAUCAGCUUGUGGAGGGGUAAUGGGACGAAUGUGCUCAGAUACUUCCCUACGCAGGCCCUAAAUUUUGCAUUCAAGGAUAGCUUUAAACAAAUGUUUGGUUUCAAAAAAUCAGAACAAUUCGGUUUAUGGGUUCUUGGAAACAUCGCCAGUGGAGCAGCCGCUGGAGCAUCUUCCUCUGUCUUCGUGUAUUCACUUGAUUACGCCCGCACACGAUUAUCUGCUGACGGCAGGAGUUCCGCUAAAGGAGGCGAACGCCAAUUUUCCGGUUUGAUCGACGUAUACAGGCAGACCAUCCGUUCCGACGGGAUUCUUGGCUUGUACAGAGGAUUCGUGCCCAGUGUGGUUGGCAUCUGCGUGUAUCGAGGUCUCUACUUUGGAGGGUAUGACACAAUUAGAGACACGUUCCUAGUAGGAAAUUUGCGCGGUAAUUUUGUUGCAUCUUUUGCUGUGGGUUGGGUGUGCACGACGGGAGCGGCAUUGGCUGCAUACCCACUUGACACCAUCAGGAGACGGAUGAUGAUGACAACCGGGGAAAAGGUACAAUACAGAUCCUUUAUUGAGGCUGGAAGGCAUAUCAUGGCCAAAGAGGGUGUAAGGUCGUUGUUCGCUGGGGCAGGUGCAAAUAUCCUUCGUGGUGUGGCCGGGGCGGGUGUGCUAUCUUUGUACGACAAAUUCCAGGAACUCGCUUGGGGAAAGGUAUACCGAGCUGGAUCUGGUUGACAUUAUAUCAGAGGACGUGCGAUGCAGUAGGAAUGCGGCGAAACAGUUAUCGUAG